GGAUGUAAACAUCGGCAUCAAAACACACAUCGAUUCUACUAUGCAUAUGCGCUUCGAUUUUAAGGGAUGUUUUCGAGGACGUCCGCGCCCGCUGUAAACAAAAGCAGCGAGAGCGUGAGACUUCACUAUUUCCUCGUAUUAGUUCGCAGUGAAUUGUACAGCGUUUUCGUUUCGUCCGAAGCCAUGGCAGACACAGCAACCACAACCCCAGUCAAGAAGAAGGUUACUAAGCCUAAGGUACCUGCAGCACACCCCAAGUACGUCGACAUGAUCAGGGCCGCCUUGGAAUCCCUGAAAGAGCGUGGUGGAUCUUCCAGACAGGCCAUUCUGAAGUACAUUAUGGCCAACUUUAAAGUGGGAAACGACGUCAACCCCAUUAAUGUCCACCUUAAAAUGGCACUCAAGAACGGAGUGAAGAAAGGCGCUCUGAAACAAGCCAAAGGAACAGGCGCCACUGGCUCUUUCAAGUUAGGAGACAAGCCAAAGACAGAGAAAAAACCAAAGGCGAAGAAAGUCACCAAACCCAAGGCAGCCAAACCAAAGAAGGCCACAGCUGUUAAGCCCAGGAAGGCGGCAGGGGAGAAAAAGACUGCUGAGAAGAAGAAGAAGUCCCCCAAGAAAGCAGCUGGACCUAAGAAAGUUAAGACACCCAAGAAGAAGACGGCAGCCAAAUCCCCUAAGAAGGCAGCAGCCAAGCCAAAGAAGGCCAAGACUCCGAAAAAAGCAGCAGCAGCCAAGCCAAAGAAAGCCAAGACUCCCAAGAAGACAGCAGCUAAAAAAUAAGCAAUCAUAGCAUCAUUGCAGAUUGCAAACCUUCAACAAAAGCCCUUUUCAGGGCUACCAAUAUUUUUCGAAAAGAUGUCUUAAUUACAAAUGCAAGUUGCAAAGAAACAUGCAAGUACAAUGAAUUCAUAUACACUUUAUACAGGUACAUUAAGCCCCUUCUAGUUUUUCUGUGAUA